AAUCUGAUACUGCAUUUUUACUCCGCAGAACACAAGCAGACAAAGUGCGGGGAGAAGAUGAAAGAUCUCUUUGUCGACGCUAAUUUUCCCAGAACCUUAGAUGAGCGAGUUUAUCACUUAGGAGUCAAGGCUGGCGAAGUGGCCAAUCGUAUUGUGACUGUUGGAGCCGUUUCAAGGGCGCAACAUAUUGCUAAAUUUCUAGACGAGAAACCAAAACCAUUUGUGCUCAGUACGGAACGUGGGUUCUUGACCAUCACCGGCCGCUACAAUGGAAUCCCGGUAUCCAUAGUCAGUAUUGGCAUGGGCAGUCCCAACGUUGACUUCUUCGUCCGUGAAGUAAGAGAGUGUCUUAGCGGUGACCUCGUCGUGGUGAGACUAGGUUCGUGUGGUGCCCUCAUAAAUGUGAAGGUUGGCACCGUGGUUGUGCCGAGUGGGAGUAUAGCUGUCAACAGAAAUUACGACUACGACUUCGUAAACGGUAGCCUUCCAAAUGAACAGCCAUACCGAUUCAGUAGACGGGUCAACGUGGACGCUGAACUGCAAUCAGCGGUCAGGAGUGCUCUCGAGAAAACGCAGCCGCCCACGAUUCAGACAGACAUCCUAGCUAACACGUUGAAUGCCUCCACUGAUAGCUUCUACUCUUCUCAAGGCCGGAUUACGUCUUUCCCCGAUCGCAAUGAGAACAUCAUAGAAGAGCUGAAGACUUCUUAUCCCGACCUGGCAACGUUCGAGAUGGAAACCUACCAUUUACUCCAUCUAGCAGUUAGCUGGCCCACACACAUGGCUCGCCCGAUCUCGAAGUCACCUCCACCAAUAAGCAGUCGACCAGCCUCCUUGUCAAUUUCCGAGCCAGAACUCCCAUCGCAUCAAGCUCAUCAGCAUGCUCCCAGUGACGUCGCUCAGACUGCAACUGACGGGCAUGUUCUCGUUCCUCAGCCGGUCAUGCGUGCUGCUGCGGCUCAGAUGGUGUUCGCUGCGCGAGGCUCAAGGGACUUCAUUACACCGGAGCACGUAGAAGCGCUGGAAGAUUGGUGUGCGCGUGCAAUGCUCGAGGCGUUGACAUCAUUUAAGAUCGAUUUAGAGCGAUUGCAGCCGGAAAUUGGUAGCGUUUGGGAGUUGAAAGUUUGAAUAGAGUAUCAGAAUAGAUAGACAACUCAAUGUCCCAUACCUCCCAGGCGGAGAGUAGAACCCGGCUGCGAAGCCGGUUCAGGUUUACAAUAGUCGCCCGUACUAACAAUAUGCACUAGCAGAGUCAACUCCUUAUUGGGUAAGAUACAUAUCUGGAACAGGCACCUGAACCGAGUAACUGCGUCCACCACUGAGCAAAACGAAGUGAAAUGCUGACAGCAGUGUCACGCUUUCAAGCCAUGUCAGCCAGACCACCUUCCGGAAUGUGGAGCUAUGUGGUCGCGUGAGGGACAAUGUCUCAAGGGCAUCCUCGCAGUUCAAAAAAGUGUCAUUCUGUUCGAGAAAUUUGGAACUAUUGUUAGAGAAACUCAUGUGUACGAAUAACGUCUCUGAAUGGUAUGCUACGCAACUAGGCACCUUU